UCAGUGGUCGCGUGGAGCUCACAGCUGUUGGUUGGAUCCAGUUCUGAAGCAUUGUUGUUUAGUUUUUAUAAUUUUCGUUAUUAUUUCUGCACACCCGGUAAAAUGUCCCACAUCAAGAAUUUGAUUCCGAAAACAGUGAAUCCAGAUCUCCAGAAAGAACGAACCGGCGCCGAGUUCGAUGUGGAGGAGUUUUCUUCCUGGUGGCAUGGUGGUCAAGACAAACUUAAGAACAAGCGCGAUAUCGAGAAGGCAAUUUUCGAUGAUCUGGGAGAAGGCUACGGCAUUGAUCAUGAGUAUAUGUCACACGAGGAAGUAUACAAUUCGAGUGUGAAGAAAGUGGCAGAGGCAGCCACUAAACUAAAGGAUCUCCAGAACAAGCUGAAUCCAGGAGGAAAUGAUAUUUGGCCUGGAUACCUGUUCAAUGUACAGAGCCAUGGACUUUUCCCGGCCAAUCAUCCGUUGGCCACCCACAUCACCAUGUUCGUGGAUGUGAUCAAGGGUCAAGGCACACCCGAACAGAUAGAAAAGUGGGGCAAGGCGGCGGAGAACUGCAACAUUAUUGGCACCUACGCCCAGACGGAACUGGCACAUGGCACCAAUGUCCGUGGAAUAGCCACUCGGGCGGAUUUUGACCCCAAAACGGAUGAGUUUGUGUUGAACACGCCCAACUUGGAGGCUUACAAGUGGUGGCCCGGUGGCUUGGGACACACUGCCAAUCACGCCAUGGUGGUGGCCCAAUUGUACGUAGCCGAUGUCCACCACGGAGUGCAAAUGUUUAUUGUGCCGCUGAGAGAUGCGGAGACCCAUUUGCCACUGCCUGGUGUUGAUAUUGGCGAGAUUGGCAAGAAACUGGGCAUGGCGUCCGUGAAUCAGGGUUUUCUGGGUCUGCACAAUGUCCGCAUUCCGCGCACCAACAUGCUGAUGAAGUUCGCCAAGGUGGAAAGCGAUGGCACCUUCAAGGCCAGUCCAGCAUCGAGGGUUAAUUACCUGACCAUGGUCUACACCCGCUGCCUGAUUGUUAAUUUAAACUCUACGUGUCUUUUGGAAGCGGCUACCAUCGCCACCAGAUAUUCGGCGGUGCGACGACAGAGUCCCAUUGAACCCAACCAACCCGAGCCUCAGAUCAUUGAUCAUGUGACCCAGCGCCUGAAGCUCUUCCCCGAGAUUGCCAAUGGAAUGGCUUACCACCUGGCUGCCGAAUACAUGUGGGAAAUGUAUGCUCAGACGGUUCAGGAAGCCAACAAUGGCAAGUUCGAUCGCCUGCCCGACAUGCACAUCCUGUCCUGCGCCUUGAAGGUUCUCUGCACCACCGAUGGAUGUGCUGGCAUUGAGCGACUUCGUCUUUCCACUGGCGGUCAUGGUUACCUCACGUCUGCCAACUUAAGCAACAUCUAUGGAAAUGCUGUGGCUGCCUACACCUACGAAGGGGAGAACACAGUGCUGCUUCUGCAGAUUGGACGUGCUUUGGUUAAGGCCUGGGCUAACUUUGUGGAAGAGAAGCCUCUGUCAGCUUCGUACAGCUACUUUGCUACCUCCAUGCAGCUGAAGGAGUUCCCCAAGUGGGACAACUCCUGGCAGUGCAUCAUCAAGGCGUUGCAGUACACGGCAGCACAAAAAACCCGCAUUGCUUUUGAGAACCUAGCGGAUCGCAUGGCCAGCGGUCAAUCUCAGGGAGUGGCGGCUAAUAACACUGGCAUUGAGUUGGUUCGUGCAGCUGAGCUUCAUGGCCGACAGUUUGUGUGUCAGACUUUCGUGGAACAAAUCACAGGAGCCAAGGCCCAAAAGCGUUCACCUGCUCUUAACAAGGUUUUGGAGAAUGUGCUAGAACUUUUCCUGGUCCAGACUGUGCUAAAUAACCUUAACGAAAUUUUAAGAUUCAUCAACCUCACCGAUGCUGAUUUGAGGUCGCUGCAGAAACGCCUGGAAAUUUCACUGGAAAAAUUCCGACCCAAUGCGGUGGCCAUUUGCGAUGGCUUCGACUUCCAUGACCGAGUUCUCAACUCAGUUUUGGGCAGCUACGAUGGCAAUGUCUACCCAAGACUCUUCGAUGCGGCCAAGCGCAGCACCAUGAACCAGAAGCCCGUCCAAAAGUCCUUUGAGACCUAUCUUAAGCCACUGAUGAAGGCUAAUCUGUGAAGCAAAUACCCAUAGUUCAUACGGAUAUAAAAUAAUAGAGAAAAUAAACGAGAUUUGUUGUUUAAAUUA